AUGCCCGACUCCAAAGAACAGGAAAGCAUUCGAACGGCCUUAGAUCGCGCCCGCACUAAUGAUCCGCCGGUGGAUGCUUCAACCUCCAGCAUCCUCGAAGCCGCCAUCGCCGAUCUAUGGACCCGGAUUCAAGCGGAACAAGACACAAUUGUCUUGACUUCAGAUGAAUUUGCCUUGUUCAAUUAUUUUCUACCUCGUCUCCGUAUCAAUCACCAGUCGAUUACUCAGCGAGUCGUGAAUCGAUAUUGGAACAGUUUUCAUGACUCCAAAGGCGGCAAGAAAUAA